GAAAUUACGGAGUGCUGUAUUUUGACAUAAUCAGUGGCAGUGAGUGCUCUUUCUGCAGUAAGAAUGGGAUGCAGCAGAUUUGCGCUGCUGUACGGCCUUGCUUUUACUUUUAUUGUGCUCAACGAUGUCUAUGGAGACGUGAGCUACUCAAUACCGGAGGAGAUGAAACGUGGAUCUGUAAUUGGAAAUAUCGCUAAAGAUCUGGGACUGGAUUUGGGCAGCCUUUCUGCUCGCAAGGCCCGUAUCGAUGCCGAGGAUAGUAACGUCCUGUACUGCGGUGUGAAUCUCAAUACCGGAGACUUGAUUGUACAAGAGAGGAUUGACAGAGAGGGGCUUUGUGCAAAAAAGGCAUCGUGUGUUGUAAAACAGGAACUCGUACUGGAAAAUCCAUUAGAACUGCACCGUAUUAGUAUCCGCGUUCAAGAUAUCAACGACAACACACCCCAAUUUAAAGAGGAAUCACUUAAGAUCGAAAUUCGUGAGUCGGCCGACAAGGGUGCACGUUUUCUUCUGGGGGAGGCACACGAUGGAGACAUCGGAGAAAAUGCUGUUCAGGGUUACUCACUUCAGCAGAAUGAUCAUUUCAAAUUAAAUGUAAACACUAAAUCUGGCGGACGGAAGCAUUGCGAAUUAGUCUUAGACAAAGAAUUAGACAGAGAGGAAAAAAAGGAGAUCAUGUUAUUGCUUACCGCAUUUGAUGGCGGCUCUCCUCAGAGAUCAGGUACUGUAGUCAUACAUGUCACUGUGCUGGAUGCUAACGAUAACACCCCAGUGUUUAGCCAGGCCGUUUAUAAAGCCAGUCUGCCUGAAAACUCUCCUCUUGAUACAUUGGUGAUCACAGUGAGUGCAUCUGAUGCAGACGAAGGUUUAAAUAGUGAAAUUACGUAUGGAUUUGAUCAUGUCUUAGAUGAAAAUAACAACGUGUUUUCUUUAAACUCUGAGUCGGGGGAGGUGAGAGUAGCUGGAGCUAUUGAUUAUGAAAAAGUGGCAUCGUAUGAAAUGCAGAUUAGUGCAAAAGAUGGUCUGGGAUUAGUUUCAUACGCAACGUUAAUGAUAGAGAUUACUGAUAUAAAUGACAAUGCACCAGUUAUAUACCUGAAAUCAUUAAGUAAUCCCAUUCCCGAGAACGUGUCACCUGGUACAGAGGUGGGCAUCAUUAACGUGCAAGAUAGAGACUCUGAGAAUAACAGACAGGUCCGCUGCUCCAUUCAGCAAAACGUCCCCUUUAAGUUGGUUCCUUCUAUUAAAAACUAUUAUUCUCUGGUGAGCACAGGACAACUGGAUCGUGAAGUAGUGUCUGAUUACAACAUUACAAUCACUGCCACUGACGAGGGCUCUCCACCUCUGUCCUCCUCUAAAACUGUUCAGUUAUCUGUAGCAGACAUC